GAACCGUGUUGGAUUUAGGUGGUUAGCUAUUCUUUACUAAUAUUUAACUCCCGCGUAACCUCUUGCCACAGAGGGUCAUCACAUUAUGUUAACAAUGUCUAAUUGGCUCAUGUAUCUAAACUGUUAAAUAAUUUACAUGUGCUUGUUACAAUAACAUAAGGUGAAACAAAGUAAGUAAGUAACGACUUUAUUUCCAGAGGCUACACAUUGGGUUUCCCCAUCUACCAUGUGGGCCUCAAACAAAGCUUGCUUUAGCAUUAAUAAUAAGUUCUUGUGGUCCCCAGCUGUAUUAAGCUCGCUUGAGCUUGAAGUCCUUUGUGGGGAGCUGUUGUGGUCACCUGAUAAGCAAGUCUGUUGUACGUCAACGUUUUUACUAUAAAUACUCUAAAGGUAAUAAUUUUUGUCCAAACUUGACGAAAUUUGGUCAGGCUGUUUGUCUCAGUGAAGUCUUGGAUUAUUUCUGAAACUGCAUCUUCCGGUUUCAAAACUAGGUAAGAAGGUCAAAUAGAAAAAACGUUAACAAUAUAGAUACUACAAUUUCUGCUUGAUCUUCAUAAAAGAUUGUCAGAUUGUUUGUGUGUAUGAAAUCUAGGUCAUUAAUAAAAUUGUUGAUGGGUUACCUGAGGUCAAAUCAAUCAUUUAUGAGAAUGUUUGUUUCAAUAAAAUUUAAGUGAAAUUUGAAACAGGAUUACCUGAGGUUAAAAUAAACUAGAUCAAUAGGUUGAAUCUUAGAAAACCCUUAACACUCUUCUGUUGGAUCUUCAUAAAACAUUGUUAGAAUGUUUGCUUGUAUGAAAUUUAGGCCAAGUUUUUCUCUAGUUUAUCUGUGGCCAAAUACUAACUCACUUGGUCAAGUCAUAGAAAAACCUUAUUGACACUGUAGAGGCCAUUGUCACUUUAUACCUGAUCUUCCUAAAGCUUGUCCAGUUGUUUGUCUCUAUGGAGUCCUGUCAAAUUUGAAAAUAGGUUAACAUGGGUAAAUAUUUGUUAGAACAUUUGUUUCAAAAAUUUAGGAGUUUGAAACUGGGUUAUUUGAGAUCAAAAAGUAGGUCACUGGGUCAAAUAAUAGGAAAAGAAUAUUUGUUAACUCUCAGGAAGCUACAUAUUCUGCUUGAUCUUAUUAGUUUGUCACAUUGUCACCAUGAAAUCUAGGUCAAGUUCAAAAAUAUGUUAUCUGAGAUUAAAAAAUCUAGGUCUCUAGCUCAAGACAGAAAAACCUGGUUGACACUCUAAAUGUUUGUUAGAAUAUUUGUUUCAAUGAAGUCUAGGGUAAAAGAACUUUUGCAUACUAGAGGCUAUGUUUUGUAUCUGAGUUUUAUGAAGUUUUUUCAGUAUGUCUGUUGUUGUAAAAUUAAGGUAUGGAAACAAAAACUAGGUCGCACAGUCAAAGGAUUGAAAAACAUGGUCAAUGUUCUACCUGAAUUGAUUAAAGCAUGGUCAUGGUAUUUGUUGUAAUGAAAAGUAGAUCAGAUUGUCAGAUUCUUGGUUAGCUGGGGGUGUGAGCGAUACAGGGCCAUAACCCUUUUGUUUUUACAUUUUUUGUUUGGAUUACUUGUUACCCAGAAGAAUGCCUCUAGCAUUUUGGUCAUCCCAUUGUGAAUUUGAGCAAUAUGUGUUUUACUGUAUAUUGUGUAUAGUACAGUACUGUUCCUAAAGUCGGACAGAUUGCAACUUCAGUUGAUUCUAGACAUGUGUUUAGUUAUAUUAUCUCUUUCUGUGAUGAUAUUUCAGACCGGUUGCUUAAUGAGUUGAGUCUGGACCUAUGCAAAGUUGGAGAGACAGUCCAGUCAUCUGUUGCCUAUGUAUUUUACUUUCUCUGUGAUGAAAGCCAGGAUAUGAAGCUUCAUGCAAGGACACUUCAGCAAGUGCAUUCUGGGAUAUUGAACAUGCUGUCGUCUGCAAGGUCCCUUCCUGUCUUAAUUAAUGGGCUUGGGCUUUUGAAGAAAUUGAUAGCAGAUAGUGCCGGAUGCCAGAGUCUGAUGUCCUUGAACAGAGAAGGUGUAACCUUGCUGACUUGCAUGAAGAAACUGCUGUUGAGCAAAAAGGAUGUUUUACAGAUGGCAGUUUCUCAAAUUCUCUCACUUGUGCUGAAGAAAGAAAACUAUUUAGCUUAUGCUACUACAAUAUUGGAGUCAGACAUUGUUGAAUUUCUGUUUGAGUCAUUACAUACAGAAAAUACACUUCAGAUUGAAUGUAUUUUGAAAGUUCUGCAGAGAUUAUCAAAUGUUGAACAGUUCUACAAGAGAUGCCACUCUGUAUAUGGUGUCGAGUCUGUUCUGAGAGCUGUCUCCACGUCCAUUGAAUUAAAGAACCCGACACUUCUCAGCCAUGGUUACAGUCUCCUAGCAGAUAUCUUAAACAGGCAUCCGGAGGACAUUCCAUUGUUUCUGAGUAGUAGUGUGGUACAGAAAUGUCUCUCUCUGAUCCAGGAAGGUUUGGGCCCCUUUACCAAAAAUUUAAGUUUCUCAAAAUGA